ACUACGUUUAUCUCGUAAAAUCCUGAUCCGAUCGACUUGAUCAGAUCCAGUGAAUCUUCGUUUCUCUCAUAAAAUGAAUUAUCCGAUUCAUAAAUCCUUUUUUUCCAUCGGAUAUAAAUAAAAAGAGACCGGUUGAAUUAGACAAAGCAAAAAAAUCUUCUUUUUUAUUAAAUUUGUAGCAAAUUCUCAUGAGAGGGGAAAGGGGAAAGCAGUUUCUGAUUUUUACAUAAAAAGAAGAUGCAUUUUCAUGCAAUGACAAUAUACACUUUAACCUAAAUUUGGAAUUUUGGCGGGUCCUUUGCCUUUGUCUAGGUUGUAUUUUAUAACGAUUUUAUUAACGAUCGCGUUCUUUCGGUGCUUAAUUUAGUGGCAAAAUGAAAUCGACAACAAAAAAUAAACUUGUUGCCGCAUGCUUUUUAUUUAUUUUGUUGCUACAAAGGCAACAUGAAAAUAAUAGAUUGGCUGCAAUAAGUGCAAUUACAAGAAGAAGACAGCGUAACUUUACCAGGAAUCUGGCUUUUAUUUCAAACAUGAAAAAUAGGAAACCAAGGAGAAAAAACAAAAUUCGGAGUUUUCAUUGGUGGGAAGAAGUCGUACUAAGAAACAAAUUAUCUGAAGAAGAAUGGUUGGAAAAUUUCAGGGUUUCACAAAACACAUUUAUGUAUUUAUGUGACCAACUGAGAGAAGUUUUAGCUCCUCAGCCUAAUAUUUUAAGUCAGUAUUGGAAGUAUGCCAAAUUAAUGACAGUAGAGAAGAAAGUAGCUGUGAGUCUAUAUUUCUUGGCUAGCUGUGCAGAAUACAGAGUGAUUGGGAACCAGUUUGGGAUCCAAAAGUCCACUGUCUGCAAAGUGGUGUACCAGUUUGUCAAUGCAGUGAAUAAAAUAUUGACACCAAAACAUAUUAGAUUCCCCAACUCUGCAGAGGCAAAACAAUCGGCAAGCCUAUUUCAGCACAAAAGUAAAAUCCCCAAUAUUAUAGGAGCAAUUGAUGGCACUCACAUUCCCAUAUUACCGCCAUCUGAGGGAUAUAGGGAUUUUAUAAAUAGAAAAGGUUGGGCAUCAUGGAUUCUGCAGGGUAUUGUGGAUGCAAAAUAUAAAUUCAUAGAUAUUUCCAUCAAACAGCCAGGGAGAAGUCAUGAUUUUGCAGCUCUUUUGGCAUCAAAUAUUUAUAAAAAUAUUGAUAAACUGCUUCCAAAGGAAACAGUUUCUGUGAAUGGAGAAGAUCUGCCAUAUGUGAUUAUUGGAGAUCCAGCCUAUCCUCUUUUACCUUGGCUACUGAAAAGUUAUUCUGGGCCUAAUCUCACACCUAUUGAAGAAUCUUUCAAUGUCCACAUGAAUUCUGCCAGAGUCGCAAUAGAGAUUGCUUUUGGUCGCCUAAAGGCAAGAUGGAGGUGUUUGAUGAAACGCAAUGACAUGCACUUUUCAUUUGUACCCGAGGUAAUAGCCACUUGUUGCACUCUCCAUAAUAUUGUGGAAACAUUCGAGGAUAAAUUUAUGGAAAAUUGGACUACAGCUGUGGAAGAGCUGGAGUUGACAUUUGAACAGCCAGGUAUUCGCCAGUGUCCAACUUACCAUGAGUUUGAAGGGUAUAUCUCCCGAAUAUGCAUUAGCGAAUAUUUAGCACAGAACUUUCCAUUGCGUCGAACCAUGCUAUAGUGUCAAAAGUGUUGGUUAAUUUUUAUACAGGGUGUCUGGAAAAUAGUGUAAAAGCUCUCCACUACGUAGUAGGGAAUCCUUUGAGUAACCCUAGAAAAAUAAUUAGAAAAAUCCUCCUCGUCCAUUCUGGGUAAUAUGAAGAGGUAAAUGUGGAAUGUGGAUGGAAUGUUUUUUUGUUUCAUAUCCUUUAAUGAUUUACCUAUAAAAAUUGUUGUUAACCUUUAAAACGCAUUAUGAAAAUUGCAAAAUCUCUAAUGCCACUAGAUUUUUCGAAUUAUUUUUCUGGGGUUCUUUGAAGGGUCCUCCACCACUCUGAAUAGUUUUUACACUAUUUUCCGGACACCCUGUAUAUUAUAUGUAGAUAAUAUUUCAAAACGCGCUAUUUGUGUAAGGUUGGAUAUUGGGAGCAUUGCAAGCCACUAUUUUUAAAACAUAAAAUACUUACAGUAUGCUGUAUAUUUAUCAUGGAAACUGCUUGCCUUAUGCACAAAAAACAUUAUGAUGAGUUAGAAUAUCCAAGAACUUAUCCAACUAGGCAACUUCUUAAAAUUCAGCUCCCUAUACCCAAGACUGCAUUGACGCAAAAUUCACUAAUUUAUAAAAGUAGGCAAAUUUUUAAUCAUCUGCCUGUUAACUUAAGGCAGAUAGGUGCUUUUAAAAAGUUUAGACUAGAGCUCAAAACAUCUUUACAUGGAAAAGCCUACUAUCACAUUAGUGAAUUUUUAAAUGAAAAAUUUUAAUUUUGCUCGUUUCAUUGUUUUGUUUUGUUCUGACCGCAACCUUUAUGUUUUUUCUGUAUUGGCUGUACCUUCUAUAUGACUCUAUAGUUUGAUGUAGUAAAAAUUGUACAUGUGUUGCUUAGGAUUGUGCUUUGAAAUUUAUGUUUAUGUUUAUUUUUUAUUUUAUUGAUUGUAAAAUCUGUUUUUUUUUUUUAAAGAUAAAAGUCAAAAUGACAUUGUGUUGGCAAUACAAUGUAAAAUUGUCAAAACUUUCAAAUUUUUUAUGUAGAAAAGGCUUGUGUUGCCAGCAUAGUUACUAAAUUUUUGACUUGGGGAAUUAUCUUUAAAAAAAAAAACAGACCUUACCUCUUUUUUUUUAUAACCCAAUAAUUUUUAAUUACUUGCACAUUAUUUAAGAUCAUGCUUUGUCAAUGAAAUUUAUUUUCCGACAAUAAAUUAUAUUUUGAUUGAUUGAUUGAAACACAA